AUGACGCACGUCUCUCUGCUCUAUCAUGAGGGGCGGGAGGGAGACCACUCUGAGUCGGAGACGGAAUCGCUGGAGCAGCAGGUGGUCGGCUUCUUGGGGAGUAAGGGGAUCUCUGUUGACAGGAGCGACAUCGAAGCCUGUCACACUCUGCCUACGAGAACCAAGGGAGCGACACCAGUGAUCAUCAUUCGCUUCACCAACAGAAAGAACCAGAUUUCGAUCCUAAAACAGGGUCGGAAACUAAAAGGAACGGAGGUGUACAUUAACGAACACCUCACCAGGAGGAAUGGGCACUCAGCUAAGUUUGGCAGCUACUCAUUAAUGAAUCUGGAGAGCAACACCAUUAUGGACAUUCAACUUGUUCAGAGCAAUGAAGUAGGCGGCAGUUACCACAUGGAGAAGGAGGGACUCAAAAGAUGCCUAGAUCAUCUGGAGGCAAACAGAUUUAAGGCGGAUUACAUUGUUACAGACCGCCAUCCACAGAUCCAGAAAUAUCUGAGGGAACGGAACAUCACGCAGUUCUAUGAUGUCUGGCACUUUGAGAAAGGUUUGUCUAAGAAACUGGAGAAAGCAUCGCACAAAGAAGACAUUCUUAAGAAAUGGCUGCAGAGCAUCAAGAACCAUGCGUACUGGUGCGCUACGUCAUCAACCACUGGACCGGAAAAAGUGGCAAAGUGGACAUCGCUGCUAAAUCACUUGGAAAAUGUUUAUGAUCAUGAAGACCCCCUUUUCCCCAAAUGUCUGCAUCCUGAACGAGCGUCGAGGGACCCCAACAAAUGGCUACAACCUGGGUCAGUUGCACUUCACAAAGCUGAGAAACUACUGCUUAACAAACGAGUCCUGAAGGAUGUAGCAAAACUCAGCCAUCAUCACCAGACGUCAUCGCUGGAGUCAUUCCACAGUCUGAUACUGCGUUUUGCUCCAAAGAAUGUGUUUUUUCCCUUCAUGGGAAUGUUGUGCAGGUUGUAUCUUGCAUCAAUGCACCACAACGAAAAUGCUUCACGGGUGCAAGCUACGACUUCUGCAGGGCAGGCUGUUUAUAAAGUUGUCUAUCCAAAGGCGAAGAUGGGGGAAGGUGUUGUGAAGCCCGUGAAAACAGAUCCAACAUUCAACUAUGUACAUGACCUCAUGAGGCUGCUCAUGGAGGUUUUUGAGGACCCAACAUCAUUUGACGAGGAAAUGAAGACUCCCCAUCCCUCCAGACCUUUCGGCAGAAAAUACACGCACUCCGAAGGCUGAGCUAGUUGCCCGUCACGUCUCCCGCUUCAAUCUAGAGGUGGUCUGAAGCCUACGUAGUCACCAGAUGGGAACUGCUGCCGUAUCCGCUGCACCACACAUGACGGGAGGACGACCCGACAACUAUGUCCUAAAUAUCCCCAGCACCAGCUUACAAAGCUGCGAUAGGCAAGAUGCCUGAAACGCCUAAGGGAAAAAGAGCAGAACUUUCAGACCACCUGUUUUCAACAAUAACCUCUUAUAGGCUGGGCCUACACUGGGCCUUACUGUGCACCCCCCACCUCCCAACGAAACCAACUAUUUUUUAAUGGUCUGACCAUGCUGAACAUAAAAAAAUAGUUGGCUUCGUUGGGAGGUGGGGGUGCACAGUAAGACCCCGUUGCUCGCGGCCUAAUAGUUUUAUUCUGUUUUUCUUCUAAUGGUAAAUUGAUUCACAUAAUAUUAAUAGUAUAAUAUUGAUUUGGUUUUGUUUAGUAGGAGCUUAGACAAUAUGACUUACUCUUCAUCUGUUGUGUGCCUCACAGGUCCAUAAUCAUACUUGUAAAUAUUGUAAAUAUUUUGUAGACUGUAUAUGUUUAGACACACAGGCUCCAGGCCUGGAUGUUGUGUCAUACAGGUAAUUGAUUCUGGCACUUGGCUCAUUCGUCGUAGUACCUAAUAAAUACAAUAAGACAAAAUAACUUCUGUGUAAAGUGACCUUGACCUCAGAGUACAACAUGACUGCAUAGGACAAUACAGAUUCAGGAAGCAACAUCUGUUUUCCAGUCAUACUUUUAUUGAAAAAAAAUUUAAAUCACUGAUUAGUUCUACAUAACAAUGAUUGUUAUACAGUAAAUAGAUGGCUGAGACAACAGUGAACAGGUGAGAUUUCUCGUAACUGGUAUUGCUGAAGCAACAUCUAUUCGAGUAGGAUUGUUAUUUACAAAAAAUGGUAUCAAUGACUUCACAUAACAAACAUGGUACAGUUGGCUGGUACUACAGCAAACGGGUGAGAACGGUGAGAUUACUCGUUUUCCUUUACAAGUGUACUGGUAUUACUGUUGCUACUAUAAAUGGUAGAGAUGAUCUAAACAUGCAACAUAUUUUACUAGAAGUUAAUAAGGUUUUGUGGUGAUAGUGGUAGGCUCCUCGUCUUCUGAGGAGAAAUAUAUAUAUCUAUAUCUGUCAUAUGUCAUAGAUCUAUCAUCUUCGGCGAGAUAUAUAUAUAUAUAUAUAUAUAUAUAUAUAUAUAUAUAUAUCUCGCCGAAGAUGAUAGAUAUAUGACAUGACAUCGUUCUCAACAAACUAGC